AAAACACGAUGUUCUGAAAAGUAGCAGAAGACGCAAGUUGUCAAAGAUUUUGAAAAAGUGAAGAAUGUUUCCAGUUUCUAAUAUUAUACCUUUCAAGACAUCCAGUGACAGUAAACCAUGCAGCACCUUCAGAAAAUAUCUGAACCUAGAAAUAUGGCUUUAAACAUUUGUUAUUGAAGAGCAGAAAAAUCAAGUAUUUAGUACAAAAUAAGAAUAUGGUUCAUUUCACCACAGCUAAUUAGAAGAUAAAAACAGAUGCAUAAUCAGGAAAAUGGACCAAAACCCCCAUCUUACUUGCCUUCAGGCCCAAACAUCACCAAUAACAAAAAUCAUGUAAAUGUUUUCAAUAUGACAAUUUUAAAGAAAUUGAAGUGUAAGAUUUUUACAAGAAUUAUCCCAUGACCGGUAACUGGAGCAUUAUAAAUCUAAAUAAAAACAAAGACUAUCUGGUGUAUGAUCCAAAAGAAUUGAAAUUCAAAACCAACAUUAUUUUUUUUUUUUGUAAUAUCAGAUUAACAGUAAUGUUUCAUCAUUAGAUUCAACUUUCAAAAAAUUCCGAUAUUAACACCAGAAAAAGGCAUACAUUAAAAGUGUGGACAUUGUAUCCAGAAUAAAAGAAAAAUCAGACUGAAUUUCAUACAAAACUGGCAGCAAGAGUAGUUCAUGGUCAAAUAAGUAUUCACUUCAAGAUUUGACAUUGCAAAACAAAGUGGGUUAAUAGUGUAGUGGAGAAGCAUAAAACAAGAAGUAAGAAACUCCAACUCCAGUUUUCUUGCAACAGGCCAAGCAAAGCAAUCUCUUGAAAGGAAAUCUGGCAAUAUGAAUGAAAGAAGGAACAAAUCGGAAGGCUGAGACAAAACUAAAAUAACAAUUCUAGUGUUACUGGUGAAAUUAAGACCAAGAGCCCAAGUUGCAUGAAAAACCACUUUCAAAGAAUACAUGGUGAAAGUAACGAUCAGUCCACAAAUAACAAGAUGGGCGAGACUGAAAUCAAGUGUUCUGAAUGUGAAAUGACAAACCACUUUAGUUGUAGCUCAAAGGAAUGGGCAAAUGGUGUUUAUAGUGAUGAUGCUUUUUGUGAACAUUCUGCUGAUGUCAGAACUGAAGACCUUCAUCCCACUGAAGAUGUCGAUUUGUCUCCUUCCUGCACAUUGUGUACGUGUGAAAUGACAAGCCAGUGUAGUUGUAGCUUACAGGAAUGUGCGACCAGUGUUAAUAGCGAGGUUUCUUCUUGUCACGAUUCUGACGAUGUCACAAAUGAAAGUCGAUAUCUGACUGAAGAUGGUACACGUUCUUCCUGUUCAUUUUGUGAUGAGAAGUUUGAGUUUUUUAGUGAUUUGACUGAGCACAUAAUGACUUCUCACCACCUGGACAAUGUACGUUGUGAUGUUUGUCAGGUCGCCUUCAGCUCCACAAAGGAUUUACAUGAUCAUGUGGGGAAAAAACAUGGUCCCACUUACAAAUUCUGCUGCAGUGUUUGCAGUAAACACUUCAAGACCAUCAACCAGUUGACCAGGCACAACAACUGCAAGCAUUGCGUUCAAUCAAGCGUGGUGAAAUCAUGCAAGAAAUGUGAAUUCGAGACCAAAUCGGUCCAGGAGAUGAAGAAACAUCACAGGACCCAUGCCCUUUUAAACCAUUGUCCAAUUUGUAACAAAGUGCUUUACAAGACCACCAGCGUGAAUGAACACAUUGAGAUCAUGCACAAGAAGUCACAAAGUUACGUCUGUAACAUCUGUGGGAAAACGUUCAGCUAUCAACGUAACCUCAGCCGUCACAUGAGUAUCCACACAGACGAAACGAGCCAUACGUGUCCCGACUGUGGAAAGUGCUUUACCCUGCGUAGCUCCUUGCGUGGCCACAUGGAGGUACAUAAGAAUCAAAGUGACAGAAAAUACAGAUACUUGUGUUCAGUGUGUGGCCGUGGAUCCAACAGUAAAGCGAACUUGGAUGAUCACAUGAACAAACACACUGGCAACAAACCACACGGUUGUCCUCUAUGCGGACAAAAGUUUGGCUUUCGCAGUAUGUUAUAUAAGCACAACCAGUUUGUACAUUCGGAUCUGCGUCCACAUGUCUGCUCAGUGUGCUCCAAGGCAUUUAAAAGCAAAUACAUUCUGUUCUCGCACAUGGUAACCCACACAGGUAUCAGCAAGUUCAACUGCUCCCAUUGCAAUCGGCCGUUCUCGACCUGUAGCAGUCUGCAUCGCCACAUCCCACGGUGCACUGUGCUCAAGCCAAGACAGCGCCCACCUAGGGCUAAAGCAACUAGCCGUCCAGCUCCUGUAGUGAACGAGAGAGAAUAUUUGGAAGAAAACUGUGAUGACGAGUCUCUGGUCUAUUACAUCAGCCAGACGACGGUUGUCGCUGGAAGGUACACGAUGAAGAAGUCCGGUGUCGACGCGACGAUGGACCCGCCAGAGCUGAUGUUGGUUCAGGACGACGUACAGGUGGAUUCACUAAUCGACGCACAGUCAGACAAGGUCUACUUGUGCAGUGAGUGUGCUGCACCAUUCCAGACGCUUGAUGAUGCUGAGAAACACAUAGCUGUCUCACACAUUGAUAUUAAUAUGGUUUAGCCCCUCUCACAUGAAUUUUCUUCUUUUUUAAAAAUAUUUUUUUCAAGGGAGCAUGACUUGACCCUUUCCUCUAGAAACUUCACUCGCCACAGUCUUGACCAAUGUCUGCAUAAAUUCUUACAUACGCACCUGACAUAGUACAUUGCAUUUGCCUUUCAAAAAGGGAAUCGGUCAUAGACAUCAGACUUGAUUACGUACAGGCCCUUGCUGGCGAAAUGAAAGUUUUCUUCACCAACGUAUUAAUUUGCCUUUUCAAUCGUGGGAAGACAGGUUGGGGACAGUGCUUCCUACACAUGUGCCAAUGAACAGUAGAAGGCUGCAAAAUAACAAUACAUAAUAUGUGUGUAGCUUGAGUAUCUUCUAGCCCUUUUUUAUAUGGGAAGAUAAAUAAACUAGAGGAUACUCAAGCUAAAUGUAACAUACAGGUAAUGUCACCACGGCUACAGUAGUUAUGAGAACAGCCUGAGAUAUAUGCUAUAAUUAUUGAUAUCACUAUGGUUACAAUGUAACAAACCUUGUUAAGGAAUCUGGUUGCAACUUAGUAUGUAAAAUGUUCAGUGUAUGCAAAGGUGUUCAUGUUUGUUUCAGAGUUGAGAUAUGCUGUAAUGUCGAGGGUAUGACAUAAACAGCAAAAUGGCCAAUUGUUCUUGAUCGAUUUUUUUAUAUAUAUAUAUAUAUCAGUCGAACAUCAUUGUCUUGAUGUUGAAGGGAUCAAACCAAACAGCCCGAAAUGAAUUGAGAUUAACAGUAGAUUGGGAUUAGGAAGGAAAUGUUUUAUUUAACAAUGCACUCAACACAUUUUAUUUACAGUUAUAUAGAUUGGGAUUAUGUCAUGGGACUUAGCCUAUGAGAUAAUAUUGCUCCAGAUAAUGACGUUCGACUGUUAUUGAUUUUUUAAAUGUUUGUUGCCCUGUUUGAAUGUUAGAUUGUUGAAUUUAAUAAAACAGGCAUUGGGGGGGGGGGGGGGGAGGGCUCUAGCCCCUUCAAUUAUUCUGUUUCAUAAAUCAUAAAUAUUAUUGGUAGUAAAUCAUAAGGCAGAAAUAAGUUUUACUUGUAGUAAAUUAUAUUUCAAAACAUCUAAAGUCCAAACCAAAUUGUUAAUAAUUACUAGAAUUUAAGAAUUUGUCUCCUACGGCAAAUUUGUUCUUAACGGUUCAAGACGGCAAUUUAAAGCCUGUCCACGGCAAAAAAAAUUUUAUGACUUUUGCAGCAAAUAAAUAAGACAGAAGGGUUAUAUUGCUGUAUGUAGACAUACUUUUAAUGUACUAAUGUUAUAUGCGAGUAGAUAAUGUACACUAGACAAAACAUUUUACCAUAAAUGAGGAGUUUUAAUGGUGGCACCUUUGUGCCGUUGGUGAUCCUCCCGACCUAUGGCAAUUUAUAUCUCAACGACUGCAAUUGCCGUCGUUAAAUUCGAGCCCUGCUAUAAAUUACUCUCCUAACUUUAAUUACCAGUACAUUUCCCCAAAAUAUUUUCCAGACACAAGUUGUGAAAAAACUAUUAGUGACACAGAUUCCACAUACAUGUAUGAGACUGUAACAAUAUCACCAAUUGAUAUCGACUUCAUGGAGAUCGCAUAGGGCAAAACACAUGCAGUUUUCUGCCGUCUGCCAUUUUACUUUUUUAAUAAAUACUCUUCAAACUAGGAGAAAGCCUCCGAAGUAUGUGACAUAAUUAAUAUGAAAUCAUUGUGCACUUGUGGUGUCUUUAAACAAAACUAACUUUUAUGGGAGAGCAUACCCCCAAAACACCUUAGAAAGUUUGCUUUGCACCCUCGAUCUCAGUCAGUCCCCCCUCCCCCACCAUGUCUACUUGCUUCCAUUGUGCCUGUAAAAGCUUUGAAAAGAAGUACUACUAAUAAAUGCUUUAUGUAGUCAAAUAUUAGGAGAGCAUUUAGAAUAGUAUAGCCUAUAGAGGGCCAUUCAGAAGAAAAUCACACGAGACUUUUUACAUAAGGAUGUAUGUUGCCUUGUUUGAAUACUGAAAUUAAUUCUUAAAAUAAAUUUAUUUUUUAAAUUCA